GCCCGCCCGCGGACUGUCCGUAUGUACCGGAGCGCUGGGCGGACAGCCUUGGGGGGCACCGGCCGCCACCUGAGUGACCGCGGGAGGAGGAUGCUGGGGGAGCCCCUGGGAAGCCCUGCCUGGAUCCUCCUGCUCUGCUGGGGCCUGGCUGCUUGCUACACAGGUGCCAUGGCCUUGCAGCCGCCCAGCAUCACCACCCUGCGGAUGCCAGCAGAGCUUCCUCGCCCAGGUGAGAGUGUGACUGUGUCAUGUGAAGCACUGAGUGAGCUUCCAGAGAUGACGCUGCUCUACUGGCUGGAGAAUGGUUUCUUCGUGGAGAGCCUGCACCCAGACGGGGCUGUGCGUGAGGGGACAGUGCAAGAGGAGCUGCAGGGCUCGGGGUGGGCCCUGCGCCGUGACCUGCACUUCAGCUCCUUCAACAAGCAGCACCUGCACACCAACUUCACCUGCGUGGUGCUCAGUCCCCUCGGUGCCGACACCAGGGAGGUGCAAUGGCCGUCCCAAGCACCGCCCCCUGUCCCUGGGAAGAGUGGGGGCCUGGGCUGAGCCAGGGAGCAGCUCCCAUGCUGGGUGAGCACCUGCAGUGCAGCUCCCUGCUCUGACAGCCCCACACUACUGCAUGCACGUGUGAUACCUCCAGGGAGGCCCGUCUCUGUGACCUGCUUUGGGGACUGUAGGGCCCCACGUGUGCUGGCCCACUGUGAGUGGGGCUCCUGGUGCCCCAAAAUGAGUCAGGAG